AUACGAGCCUAGAAGGAAACAUGUGCCUGUGCUCGCGCCAGAUUCCGUAGUUCGGCCUUGAUUAUUGCGAGGUGAGGCGCGCUUGCGUAGUCAUUAACAAAUGAGUCCAGGUAUGCAGAAGACGUCGUAUGAUGGAAAUGCCCAGAGUAACAUUACUACACCGAUACGCGACCAGCGCGCGUAACGUUGCAUACCUAUUCAAUAGUCACUGGCCCAAGCAAUGGGUUAUGCUGCCAGCGUGGCUGUGCUGUGUGCUGUGGUAUUGGAUCUAUCGAGUUCCAUACUACCGUAGAAACUCAUCAGUUGAACACGGUAUAGAUACAUUUUUCCUACCAAAUUUAAUCGUUAGGUUAUACUACUGUAGGUCUAAGGCGUAGUCUCUAUAACCAUGUGUAGCUAGUAAAACACCUGGCUGUCUCA